UGAAUACAAACUGAGUAACGAUAAAAUCAAAUAUCUUUAAAAUGUUAGUGUCAUUCAAUUGUUCAGUUCUAAGCGACACGUUUAACCUUAUUGACUCUUUCUUGGUUAACUUUAAUAAAGAAAAUGAUGAAAACAUAAUUGCCAAGCUUGGUAAUAAUCAUUACGACUUUAAAGAUUUCAAAGUUGGUCACCUCAAGGAUUAUAUCUGCGAUAGGAGAAAAGUUGCUGAUUCUGAUAGACACGCAGUGAAACUUUGGAAAGUUGACGUCAAAGAUGAAAGUGACAUUAAAGAAAAACCUAAAGAAGAUGAAAUGAAACCUAGACUAAUGUUUAAGGACUAUUUUCAAGAUGAAUUAAAUGGAGUUAAAUUUACAAUGUCUAAUAUCCAUGUCAUUGCCAUCAUCCCCACAGAUCCCUCCCAGCAAGGCGUUACACAAAUGUCAUUCAAUUGUUCAGUUCUAAGCGACACGGUUAACCCUCUUGACUCUUUCUUGGUUAACUUUAAUAAAGAAAAUAAUGAAAACAUAAUUGCCAAGCUUGGUAAUAAUCAUUACGACUUUAAAGAUUUCAAAGUUGGUCACCUCAAGGAUUAUAUCUGCGAUAGGAGAAAAGUUGCUGAUUCUGAUAGACACGCAGUGAAACUUUGGAAAGUUGACGUCAAAGAUGAAAGUGACAUUAAAGAAAAACCUAAAGAAGAUGAAAUGAAACCUAGACUAAUGUUUAAGGACUAUUUUCAAGAUGAAUUAAAUGGAGUUAAAUUUACAAUGUCUAAUAUCCAUGUCAUUGCCAUCAUCCCCAGUAAGUGUCUCCCCAUGUUUUACCUCUCGAACAAGAAAUUUGCAGUAACAAAUAUCGAUUUGGUCUGAUCUCUUUUUUUUCGCGUUAAAGCAGAUCCCUCCCAGCAAGGCGUUACACAAAGUACGGUAUCUCUAGUUAAAUAUCCUGUGUUGUUUUAGUCUUUGUAUUCUAACUCGCCAUUAUUGAUACAUAUAGAUGGGGUCAAUUGGAAUGACGUUAAUUCGAUUUACAACU